AUUGUUCGCCCAUCGUCACUCUUUCUCCUCCAAACCUCACCUCACCACCAAAAGCUCAGCUUCAGCUUUGGUGGACCUGGACCUGGAUCUCUCUAUACUCUUCUUCAUUUCUUUAUGAAGUGCUUCGCGUUGAUCGCAGUUUCUACUUGUUUGGCUCCGCGUUACUAAUAAUACAGAAUAGAGCUUCCACUGGCUCUAUCUCCCAUCCUCCGCCACUUCGCACAUACUCCAAUCACCAUCGGGUGAGCGACCAUCGAUCGACUCAGCUGGGUCUGGGUAUCCCACCUCGUUUCGGUGUCUCAGGCGCCGCCAUUUGACGACGAACAAUAACUUGAAUCACACCACUUGCAAACACUCUUGGCUGCGCAUUCACCAUGGCCAUGCUAGCUUCAAAAGCGUCGUUUCCCGCCGGCUUGGGUGCUUCGUCCCUCACUCCUGUCCCUUCUCAGCCCACAAUGGCCCCGCCCAGAAGAGCUCCCACGAUGCCCUCUUCAGGUGCUUACGGCAGCCCGACAGAAUCCGAAUUCAACGAAAGCGACCCCGCCGAAUCCGUCAAGAACUGGGACGAAGAGCAGGUCUGCGAAUACCUGCGAUCUGUAAAGUGCGGCGAGUAUGAAAAGAUCUUCCGAAAAAAUCACAUCAACGGCGAGAAUCUCCUGGAAAUGGAUAAAGACGUGCUUAAAGAAAUGGGUGUUGAGAAGGUCGGCGAUCGCGUCCGCCUUUUCCUUAGCAUCAAAAAGCUGAGAACUAGGGCAUACGCCAACGAGAAGAAGCGGAAUCGGGAUUCAUUUGGCGGACUCGAUAUUCACAUCACUGCACCCCAUGACUCGCCAAGAAUGCACACAUCUCGAGGUGUUCCGACAUCUUCUUCCAACAAGCGGUUUUCAAGGCAAAUGGAUUUACAUGGUGCUUUGGAUAAUGGCAUGAAUUCCUCAAGACCAAACUCCCCUCUCCCUGGUACCGAUCUGCGGAACCUAAGGGCCCGAGGGAAGACAUAUGUCACAAGCCCUGUAAAUGCUCAAGGCCAAAGGAUUGUGAUUACCAACCCGGAUCUUCCGGCAAACCGUCUGGUAACGACCCAUACCAGGAAUAACUCCAGUAUGGACGGUUCACUGAUGGCUGCCUUACCACAGGGUCAAGAAGUUAUCCGCGUUAUAUCGACUGGCGGCGUUACGAAGGUUGUCAAGAUUUCCGCGUGUAAUACUUGCGAGGAGGUGAUGCGGGUGACUCUUCGAAAGUUCGCUCUGCGUGAGGACCACGAAAGGAACUACUGUUUCUGGGUUUUGGCUGGCAUCGAUCCUGAUCCAGGCCAGUGCCGACGACUGGGCGAUACGGAACUUUGGCGCAUUAUCAAGGACCAACGACGACCGGAACGAAAUCGACUGAUAUUACGGAGGGUUCCAGCAGGCGAACCAGGGGAGGCGGAACUGCAGCGCGCUGCUGCCAUUGCCAUGGAAGAAGAGCAACAGAAGCACGCCCGAGCUCUGGAAACAGUGGACAAGCGAAGUCAACUGAAGGUUCAGAAGAUGCUUGGGGAGAAAUGGAACGAUCAGCUGCAGUCCCCAUUGUCGCCAAUAUCUUACCAGGAUCGGGAGCGAAAUCUACACAACGCAGCCAAGGAUCUGGAGCGCCCCCCAUCAGAGAUUGAAUCGCGGCCGGCUCGACGUGUCGGAGCCCUGCGACAGUUUGGAGGUCUUCGACCUCCCAGCGAGUUGAUUGCUUCUGAUCUUACCUCGUACUUCCCUGACCACACCAGAGAAGACAUUGACCGCACAGCCCGACUUUCCAUGCGACGGUCAACUCGCUUGAGCAAGGUCAACAGCCGGCUCAGCGUUGCUAGCAGCCUCAGCUUUGCCUCCAGUAUCCAGGAUGCGCCUCCUAUCCCAACCAUUGCUGAUUCUUGGCUUAAUGCCAAUUCUCAGCUUGCCAAGGUGAAGUCUCGGGAUUCCCACAUUCGUGUUCCUCAGAAUGCCUACAACCGGGAUUCAGUAACAUCAUCGGUGCUUGACACCCUUCAAGAGGAGUCUUCUCUCGAGCCCAACCGCAAGUCGUAUGUCUCUUUUACUGAGAGUGGCUCUGACUCGGCUGCGUUGAGUGUCACUGACCCUGAGGGCAACACCACGGCCACAAGCUACUAUGAUGGUGACAACUCAACGGGCUCCGGAUCAUUCCAGGAGCUUCGCCAGGCAUUGACCAAUGAUGGCGACGACGUAGACGAGGAGCUACAAAGCUUCCUGGCUGGAGAGUCCUGGGGCGACGACAAAUGGAUGAAGGGUGCGCUUAUCGGCCAAGGUUCAUUCGGCAGUGUGUACCUGGCUCUCCAUGCUGUUACUGGUGAGCUUCUCGCUGUGAAGCAGGUCGAGACACCUGCUCCUGGAGCCAACAGCCAGGGCGACACACGCAAGAAGGGCAUGAUCGAAGCACUCAAGCGAGAAAUAAGCCUUCUUCGCGAUCUUCGACAUCCUAAUAUUGUGCAAUAUCUUGGCUGCAGUUCCUCAGCUGAUUAUCUCAAUAUUUUCCUCGAGUAUGUGCCUGGUGGAUCAGUUCAGACGAUACUCAACUCGUACGGUGCGCUCCCAGAGCCGCUGGUUCGCAGUUUUGUUCGACAAAUUCUGACUGGCCUUUCAUACCUACACGACCGGGACAUUAUCCAUCGCGACAUCAAGGGAGCCAACAUCCUGGUGGACAACAAGGGAACCAUCAAGAUUUCUGAUUUCGGUAUUUCAAAGAAGCUGGAGGCCUCCAACAUUCUAAACGGCGCCAACAACAAUAAGCACCGCCCUUCACUGCAAGGAUCCGUUUUCUGGAUGGCGCCUGAAGUUGUGAAGCAAACAUCGUAUACUCGCAAAGCAGAUAUCUGGUCGCUUGGGUGCUUGGUGGUGGAGAUGAUGACUGGUAGUCACCCUUUUCCCGACUGCAGUCAGCUCCAGGCUAUCUUCAAGAUUGGGGGCGGAAAGGCGGCUCCUACAAUCCCUGAACAUGCGAGCGAGGCAGCCAAAGAGUUCCUUGCGCAAACCUUUGAAAUUGACCACAACCUACGACCUAGCGCGGACCAGCUGAUACUCAGCCCCUUCCUGAUCCCAAUCACCUAAUUGUAAUACGGGCGGGUUAUCAGGCUCCAUGGGGGUUCAAAGCUGAACGAAUUACGAAGUGCUCAACGUUGCUAUUGAUGGGAUACGGGAGCUGCAAGGCUAUUUUUAUUGAUGGGUUGGAUUUGGAGGAUUUACUCAAAUCAUGAGUAGGCGUGGAGUGGUAAUCUCAAACAAGGCCUGAGAGAAGCAGAAUGAGUUUUAACUUGCAAAGAAGAUUAUGCCUGUGCGGCGUAUGCGUGAUGAAUGAUUUGCGAUACCACGUUCGCUCUGAUUUAAUUUACCUGAACUAGAGGAUUGCAUCAGGAUUGGGAUGAAAGGUAGCAUUUUCUCUUUAGACAUGGGACAAGGAGUUUGGUAGAUGAGAAGAUGAACGUACCUAAAGUAGUAAUAUGAGUCAAAAGAGACUAAGAAUUCCAAGAGACAAGACAGCCCAAGGAUUAUGACAAAGACAAAGACAAGGGAUUGUACCAAAGUUCC